GGAAGCCCCUACCUCACAGCCUCGGCCCGUGCCCCCAAAGGUCCGCUUCCUCUCGGACAUCCAUAUCUACAUCUAUACACCUUUUGCAUAAAAGCUUUCCGAACCAAUGUGGUGCAGCCUCUUGACCGCGACGGCACUUCAGCUGGUCGCGGGGGAUGUGACUUAUGAUACCUGCAGGGUGGGACAAUGCCUUCCCGAAGAGGUUGGCGCACAGGUGGCUGGUGAUGAUCAAGCAUCCCCUGCCAUCGGUCUGAUGCAGACCUUCUUGAAAUAUCGUCUCCGUGAAGAACGGCGGAGCGCCGCCCCCGAAGGACCAGCUUUGGUCAAUAUGACCUUUCCAGGCGUAGACCCACUCAACCCUUAUCGCCUGCGGAUGGUGGCUGGGGCCUGCCCUUUGAGCAAAGACCUGGGUGUGGAGGUACCUUUAUCCAUUGGGAGCAUCGCAAAACUGCAAGCCUUUCAAGCCAUAGGCUUCAUCCAGGCAUUACCUCACUGCGGUUUGACGACCUUGAAUUCCAUCACCGAACUCAUCGCCCCAGGAGAAAAUGCGUAUCAACACAAUCGCUUAGCCAAGAACCUGGCCGUGGGCUGGAGCAUCAUCGCGCUGGCCUUGAUGAUUUGGUCCUUCCUCUCUGUUGCCGUGGUACCACGGAAAGGCACGACGCCUGCAGUGAAGGCAGGCCUUGCCGAUGACCGGCAGGCCUACACCAGGGGCCUGUUGCACUACAUCAGCCUUGGAUGGGUGGACGAGCUUGUAGGUCGCUAUGGAAAGUGUAGCCAUGCGGUCAUCGACGACAGUGAGAUCAUUUGCAACCGCCGGGACGAGAACUUUGAGCCCUACAUCAAGUUCAAACAUUACUGGGAAGAAGAGGUGAAGAAAGCUGGCUCCAUCGAAAAGGCUUGGAUCACUCGAGCGCUGUACAAGACAGUGGGCUUCAAGGGAUGUUGCGUCCUGGUGAUCUUGGCAGUGGUGGAGCAGUUCAGCGGUUCAAUCUUCAUGGUCUGGGGGCUGAACCUCUUCCUUAGUUCACUGGAAGACUUGGACACGUUCCGAAAAUUUCAUCCAGAUGAGCAGGAAGACUAUUUGACUCCCACCAUCAUGAUUCUCAUUUUCAUUUGGGGCAGUCCUAUGUUCUUCCGGGCAACUUCCAUUAUUUCGACGCUGGUGGAAGGCCAUUACACGCAGAUUUGCGCAUCAGGCGGGUCCACGGCCUGCUUUUGCAGUCAUACACCCCCAUGA